AUGGAAAGUCUCGAGCGCGCGGGAGUCGACUCGAUUGCAGAUGAAGAUGUCUUCCUCCAAGAUGAUCAUGGCCUGACCAUCGCAGAGCAUGCGAUACAAUGCCAAGCUCUUUUCCACAAGUACAUGGACAUGCCGGAAAUCGUAGACUCUUCUAUCAUAGAAGACCAGCAGGGUCGCUUUCGGGCGUGGACAUGGCGCUGGGAUGUUUACGGGCCGCCCAACCUCUCGCUCGACUACAGGCUCCGAUUCAGUCCCACGGCCACGGAUAUCAUACAUGCGCUCAUAAAGCUUAUUUGCAAUACCUUGCUGUCUUUACAUGGCAAUCCGGGAGUCACGAGGAGAGCCGACGACGAAGUCGACGACGACGACGACAACAACAACACAAGCGAUUCAGAGGCCGCGGACGAUCCAGUAGAAGAUAAUAUCUCAAAGAUUACCGAGAUAAUCGGCGGAACAGUGACGCGGCUCAACAGUGUAGCCAAGGCCGCUUGGAAGAAUGCCAAAGCCAAGCGGGCUCGCACGAUCGAAAGGUACAGAGACGACGAAGAGGCAAACAAGGCCAUAGACGAGUUGCGUCUCUACACCAAAUGCUAUAUUGAGUGGCGAUUCCCGGAGGCGCCCGAGGCCCUCCGCUCGGCAUUGGUUGAAGCCAACGGGAUGCGACUUCGACGGCUGUGUUAUCAGCGCUCCCAUCGAGGGCGCCUUGAUCUGAGCAUUCAGCGCCCGGUGACUCCGGUCGUUGCGGCCGUCUACGCCAAAACCAGAACUGAGGUUCCCCGGGCCAUAUCUGUUCUCGUGAACAACAAGUUGUCGUUCCCUCCCAUACCGCCGACCCAGCAGUGUCCAUACUGCGGCGUCAUUGUUGAGUUCGAGAACAAGAACACUGCAGGGUCAUUGCUGUGGCAGUAA